UGGUCCUUCCCAGACUUGCCAUUGCCCUCAUCAACAGGCUCUCUUCCUUGUUGUUGUUGGGCCGUUACUGAAGUCCUGUGUGUGUGGGCACAGGGAGGAGCCGAACGCCUCUUUCUAUAGGCGGCUUCAUAGCGAGGCGAGUCGAGGAGGAAGAGGCUGAGAGGAAGAGAAGAGCGAGUGGGCGGGAUCUAAACCCAGGCUGGAGUAGAGCAUCCCUGACCGUGGCUCGGCUAACGGCUAGAGAAGCGUCUCCAGACUGAUGCUGAGUCAGGUACAGGUGGGGUCACAUCCUGUUUGGCUUGGACCCUCCAGAAAUCAUGGAGGAGCUGGAACAUACCUGUCCACUGCCACGAACGACUCUUAUAGAGCCAGCCAUAUUUACCCCAGAGACGAGUUGUGAGUGUCGGGCUCCACACGAGAAGCUGACGGUAGAGCAAGCUCGACUCGGAACGCCUGUGGACCGGCCGGUGCGAAUCUAUGCAGAUGGCAUCUUCGAUCUUUUUCACUCUGGUCACGCUCGUGCCCUGAUGCAGGCUAAGAAUCUGUUCCCUAACGCCUACCUUAUAGUCGGAGUAUGCAGUGAUGAACUCACUCACAAGUUCAAGGGCUUCACCGUAAUGACAGAAGAAGAACGGUACGAUGCAUUGAGACACUGCCGCUACGUUGAUGAGGUUUUGCGCGAUGCGCCCUGGACUCUUACCCAGGAGUUUUUAGAAAAACACAAGAUCGACUUUGUGGCGCAUGACGACAUCCCAUACUCCUCUGCUGGAUCUGAGGACGUGUACAAGCAUAUAAAGGAGGCAGGUAUGUUUGUGCCCACUAAAAGGACAGAAGGGAUCUCAACGUCUGACCUGAUCACCCGGAUAGUGAGAGACUAUGACGUGUACGCUAGACGCAACUUGCAGAGGGGCUACACUGCUAAAGAACUGAAUGUCAGUUAUAUUAAUGAAAAGAAGUACCGUCUGCAGAAUCAGGUGGACAGGAUGAAAGAGAAGGUGCGGACGGUAGAGGAGAAGUCCAAGCACUUUGUGUAUAGAGUGGAAGAGAAGAGCCAUGAUCUUAUUCAGAAGUGGGAGGAGAAAUCACGAGAAUUCAUUGGGAACUUCCUGGAGCUCUUUGGUCCAGAUGGGACAUGGAAGCAAAUGUUUCAGGAACGUAGUGGGCGAAUGAUUCAGGCGCUCUCUCCGCGCGGCUCACCCAGCAGCAGCCCAACAAGGGAGUUUUCCCCAUCCCGCUCUCCGUCACCUCCAUCCCGCUGGGCCAUGCCCCGAACCUCACCGCCCUCAUCCCCGAAGGGCGCCUCGGCCUCCAUCAGCAGCAUGAGUGAGGGCGACGAGGACGAGAAGUGAGGAGUCAACCAUCACACACAUAAUAGACUGCACUUUACCCACAAACACACACACAUUAGCAGCGAUGACAGGUUACCUACCCUCACGGGAAAACUUUAAGUACUGUACACAGCACAGGGUUGUUGAAUCCUGUUUAGUUAUGCUGGUAUUACAGCAAAUAUUUGAAAGCCAUCGCAGCGCUGAACAGAUCCUGGGGGGGAUUCACCGAAUCAAUUGUGGCCACUGUUACAGUCUUUUCUUUGCACAUACUAUUUGUUGUUUUAAAACCCAAAUCGAUAAAAAUAACAUCAACAGGAAUGAGCAAUGUCAGUAUUAUAAUGUUAUUAGCCGAUAUAUUUAAGUGUUUGUGCUUGUACAAUUGUUUGGUUUCCCGUAUUUUUACAUUCAGAAUACCUUUGACAUCAUCUUUAAACCCACUUUUAAUUUAAUAACAAUGUUUUUACCAAAUUCCAAAAUAAUGAUUGAUUUUUCAUACUGUACAUUAUAAUUUUGUAAUUAUUUGAAAUAUUUAAUUUUAAUAUCUGACAUUUAUUAGUUAUCGGACAUAACAAGAAAAAAAUAUUGGCUUAUUUUAAUAUCGGUGCAGCCUCACAUAUUUGGUUAUAGGAGAAAAGUGGCCAAUAAAAAGUGUGGUCAGUGAAAUAGACCCUGAAUUUUUUUGCGCUGAAAUAUUGUGGACAAAAGUGGCGCAGCUUUAGUGAAUUCAGUUUGAAGUUUGAUGUUGCUCAGGUCUGACUGGAACAUUGGGACUGUCCUACUGUAACACACUGUAUGUACAUUAAUCCAUGUUUAUAGUUAAAAAAAAAAAAAAACACCUAUGUCUAAUCCACCUCAUGAAUGUGUAUCAGCGCACACAUGAGAAUGCCGUUAGCAUUCACUGAGCUGUCUGUGCAUGAAUGUGUUUAGUUCUCAUUAAUAGUCAUUAUCCUGUGUGUUACUACAGCCUUAACCUUAAAAUAGAGCUAUUUCUUUGCAAAUAUAUGACGAAAUCAAGUAAUGUCAAAAUCAAAUGUCUUAAGAAUAAUACAUCCAAAAGGUCUAGCGGCUUAAAGAUAAAUUGUGAACUCAAACUAAGAGACUAAGAGAGAUAUCACAUUUAAAGGAACACUCUACUUUAAAAAAAAAAAGGAAAAAAAAAAGGAUUAUUUUCCGACUCCCCUAGAGUUAAACAGUUGAGUUUUACGCUUUUCGAACUAUUCAGCCAAUCUCGGGCUGUAGCACUUUUAGCUUAGCUUAGCAUAGAUUAUUGAAUCUGAUUAGACCGUUAGCAUCUCGCUCAAAAAUGACCAAAGAGUUUCGAUAUUUUUGUAGUUACAUCGUGAACUAAAACUGAUGGAAAAUGAAAGGUUUGUGUAGUCUCUAUUUUGAGGCGCUGUGUAAUAUUAUUGCACCUGCUGCAUCACUGCUAUGGCAGCAAAGUGCCUUGAUUAAUACACCGGAAUGAGAGUAUAGUUCCCAGUCAUAUCGGCCCAAAAUUCGCAACUUUUCAUUUUCCAUCGGCCUUCGUACAUUAUGUAUCUACAGAAGAGUUAAGUUUUAAAUAAGAAAAAUAUUGAAACUCUUUGGUCAUUUUUGAGCGAGAUGCUAACAGUCUAAUCGGAUUCAAUGAUCCAUGCUAAGCUAAGGUAAAAGUGCUACAGCCAGACCCGGAGAUCAGCUGAAUGGAUUCGAAAAUGGCAAAACUCAACUGUCUAACUCUAGGAGAAUUAGAAAAUGAGCCUAUUUUCAAAAAAGGUGGAGUGUUCCUUUAAGUUCACUCAAAAAUAAAAA